CCGGGGGAGGCGUCUCUUCUUUCCGGCUUUGGUUGUCCGUGUCGUAAUCGAGUGGCUGUCCAAUGGUACGUACGGGAGAAUAGAGCUUUGAACUGGAUGAUAACGGCUGUGGGAGAGGAGCUGGCGGGAGCGGGUAACACGGAGUAAUGAAGCCGGCCUGGAAAUGAAGACUUUACAUAUUUUCCAGCAUUCAACAGGAAAACCCCAAAAGGAGUAAAAUAACUGUAAAAAGAUGUUUUUAAAGACCGACCACUUCCGUUCUCCCAGCCGUGGGCCCCUGCAGUCUGUUCCUCUGGACCUCAUUGCCCCCAAUCAACUGACUCCGAUAAAAGACCUGAAGAAGUUGGCGCUGGGAAAGCGGGUGCAUCAGAACACAAGUGGUUUCAUGAAAACCCUCCAGUCCACCUUGAUUCGAGAUGGCGGGCAGUGUCCAGACUUCCCAAAUGUUAGUGCCAUCCAGGCGUUUCGUGGGGUCCGCAGGGAUGGGGUUAACAUGGCGGGGGUACCUUUGAUGAACUGUGGCAGGCCUGGGAGCUCCAAUGCAUCCACCUCCAGCACAGAUGUUAGCGGUGUCCAAGGUCCAAGAAGUGUCAUACAAGCCUUUAAUCCUAUUUUUUUAAUUGAUAAGACAAGGGACAAUACCGCCCCCGUGAAGAUGAAGGAACAAAGGACAAAAUCCAACAACAUUAUUGGAGGUAUUUUAGAAUCGAAACAGAAAACUAAUAAUUAUGUUCUUCGUAAUGGAGAUAAUGGAUCGAACGCCUCGGACUCUGAGCGACAAGACGAGACGAUUACUGUAGCGACGAUCCACAAAGAGUUUUUAGCGAAUGGCGACUCGCCGAUCAUAAUCGACAUGGACUCAGAUGAAGGGAGCGAAGGAGACCAUGAAAUGUCCAAAGAAAACAAUAAAGGAACGACUCCUGACGAUAAACCCACCACUUCAGCAAAUACUCCUGAGACCGCCUCACAGCCCCCCGACACUGAGUUUGUGGAUCACUUCAAAGAACUCUGUGAACUUAUAAGUCAGUCGCAGCUGGUGCACAUUCCCUGCCCACGUGUUCCAGCAGCUGCCAAUAGACCCCAGGAUAACCAACCAAUAGAGGAGAAGAUUUCCCUGACAGAGUGGCUUGUGAAAGGCGUGGGAACAGAAGGAAUAUGCGUAGAGGGACGGCGCCUGGACUUGGAGUCUACCUUCUGGCACAGUAAUAUCAUCGCACACCGAAUCCAGCGUGACAAAUUAAAAACUAUAACGGGCCGAGUGUACCAUCUGAUAGGAAAAGCGGACACAGACACCAUGAAUAGCGCAGGGUAUCCAUCCUGGCUGACACUGAAGUUUUUGGAGGGGUUUCCAGAGGAUUGGCAGAGCUACGUCAGAUAUUUCUGCAAGGCAUCGGACAGGUACAAAGCACAUAAGACGCAAUCUACGGAGCCCACACAGGAAAACAAGAAUCGUACAGCGAAACCAAGCAGAAACCAGGCGACCACGAGUCCUGACAGUGAGCGAGAACCCCUGAAGAAGAAGGCGGGCAGCAAGAAGCCAAAAAGUGUGAAAGACCGUAAACGGACAACUCCCUAUAACCAACCAUCCCAAAUCUCCAAAGAGAGAAUGGAGACUCUCUCUACAGACCAGUGCAUCACCUCCUCUAGCGCGUCUACAACCAGCCGCAGCGGUCGUCAGAUAAAGCCUGUCCUGAAGUUUUGGUGCGGGGAGCGCUUGUCAGUCGACAUCUCAAUGACAACCACCAUCAUCAGAGAGGGAAAUGCAGAGUCCACUUCUACGUAUGAAACAAUUGACGAAAAAUCAUCUUCUCAAAUAAGGAAAACCUCCAUUAGGAAUACAAUAAUUAAGAAGCCUCCUCCCAGUAAAGGAGCAUCAGGGCAACAAGCACCAGUGACUCCGAAAUUCAGGGCUAAGUACAAGAAGCACAAAAGGAGUAUUGGAUCAAACAAUUUAAAGGGACGGGAACUCAAAGCCCUUCUGAAGUUGCCUCAUGUGAUGCUCACCCCAAUGCAUACCAAACGGGAUCUGAAAUCUAAAUGCUUACAAAAUAAGGUCCAUUACAAUGAUCUGACAGAGACCUCUUCAGAAAGUAGCGUGUUUGAACCCAAUACUGUGAAAAGCAAGGGAAGGAAGGACGCACUGUCGGAGGAGUGCGACGAUGGCUCUGGCCUCUCUGAGAACGACACAGAGGAGGUCUUGCCUGUAAAUCAAAAAACUUUUUUCCGGGAAGAAAAAGUUUUACGAAUGCAGAAAUCGAGUUUUAUCAUGGCUGCAAAUGGUGAUUCUAAAAAAAACGCUAAAAAAGCAAAGGCACUUAGAUCUGACUCCCAUAGGCGGAAACUUUCUCAUUCUGCACGUCAGGAAGCUUCUUCAGCUUCAUCGGAUUCAGAUGAAUUGGAUGAAGGUGGUAACUCUGGAAAAAACUAUAAAGUUAAGACCGGAAAUCAGAAGCGAUCAAAUCUUCCCGCUCCAAGUAGAUGGUCUUCUCGUCGUCUACAAUCGACCAGUGAGUCGGAUGAAGCCCCCGGGUCAAAUAAUGAACGUGUUCUGAGGAAGGACACCAAGAAACUGAAGAGUAACCAAAGCAAUCGUCUAUCUAGUGACCUCACUGAUUCAAGCACAAAAACUUCACCAGUACAGUUUGGUUCGGCAGAAUCUCAGGAUUCUGAACAGGAAAAUAUUUCGGGGAAGAAUUCUGGAAAGGAGCAGACAAGCACUCUUAAGAGGAUGGUGCCUGAAGUCAGGAGACUUAAAGGCACUGAGGAGGAAACAUCUUCUGAAGAGGAAUUGUGUAUUGAGAUCGGUCCAAGUAGGAAAAGACAAAGUGAAAUGGCAGAGUCUCAAGAUUCAAAUGAUGAGGCCAUUUUAAGAAGGGUAGCGAGCGCGAAUAUGGGAAAAACUGGUCCUGAACAUUCUCCAGGCAGGAGAAAGCAGCCACCUCGUGUGGCAAAACAUGCAGGUUAUUCCAUGGAGUCUGAGGAUGAGGGAAAGAAGCCAUCUUUAAGAAAGAACUCUAAGGAACCAGAUGACCCAUGGAAUGAUUGUGUAGAUUCUACACAUUCCCUACCUCGCAGAAAAAUGCCUGCUCGAUCCAAACAAACACUCAAUUAUUUCGAGGACUCUUCAGAUUGGGAAGACGAGCCAAAUGUUAGAAAGGACUUCAGGCAACCAGCAAACUCCUGCAAGACACAAAAUGAUCCGUCUCAUCAGAAAGAAAGACAAAGAGACCAUGUGGAUUCAGAAGAGGAACUAGGUCCAAUACAAAACUUAACUCGACAGCCUGAUCCCCCAAAAAAGCAAAAACAGUCAGCUCGCUUGAUAGAAAAACAGAGAGACUUGGCGGGAUCUCAGGAUUCAGAAGAGGAAACGGGGUUAAGGAAGAACUCCAGGCAGGCAGCUAAUAUGAAAAAGAAACUGAGGCAGAUAAACUCUUUGGAAUCUCAAGAAUCGGAACAGGAGACCCUUACAAGAAAGGAUUCUAGGUCUGCAGAUAAUACUCGGAAGAAACAAAAACCACCAUCUUGUCUUCCACAAAAACAGACUGGAUCUAUGGAAUCUCAAGAAUCGGAACAGGAGACCAUUACAAGAAAGGAUUCUGGGUCUGCAGAUAAUACUCGGAAGAAACAAAAACCACCAUCUUGUCUUCCACAAAAACAGACUGGAUCUAUGGAAUCUGAAGAAUUGGUACAGAAGACCAUUACAAGAAAGGAUUCUGGGUCUGCAGAUAAUACUCGGAAGAAACAAAAAACACCAUCUCGUCUGCCACAAAAACAGACUGGAUCUAUGGAAUCUCAAGAAUCGGAACAGGAGACCAUUACAAGAAAGGAUUCUGGGUCUGCAGAUAAUACUCGGAAGAAACAAAAACCACCAUCUCGUCUGCCACAAAAACCACCAUCUCGUCUGCCACAAAAACAGACUGGAUCUAUGGAAUCUCAAGAUUCAGGAGAGGAACCAGGGUUAAGGAAGAACUCCAGGAAAGCAGCUAAUAUGAAAAAGAAACUGAGGCAGAUAAGCUCUUUGGAAUCUCAAGAAUCGGAACAGGAGACCAUUACAAGAAAGGAUUCUAGGUCUGCAGAUAAUACUCGGAAGAAACAAAAACCACCAUCUAGUCUGCCACAAAAACAGACUGGAUCUAUGGAAUCUCAAGAUUCAGAAGAGGAACCAGGGUUAAGGAAGAACUCCAAGCAAGCAGCUAAUAUGAAAAAGAAAUUGAGGCAGAUAAACUCUUUGGAAUCUCUAAAAGCAGAACAGGAGACCAUUACAAGAAAGGAUUCUGUGUCUGCAGAUAAUACUCGGAAGAAACAAAAACCACCAUCUCGUCUUCCACAAAAACAGACUGGAUCUAUGGAAUCUCAAGAUUCAGAAGAGGAGACCACCACAAGAAAGGUUGCUAGUCAACGAGCGUGUGCACAGAACAAACAGGCCCUUCGUGAACCACCUUCAGAACGAAGACAACCCCCCCGCUCUUCAAAACUGAAGAAUGCCUUGGCAGAAUCUCCGGAUGGAGAAGGGGAAGCAUCUUCAGGAAAAGACUCUAGGCAAACUGGUAAAGGUAAAAAGCAAGCACCUACUGAUCCUGCCUCGUCUAGAAGAAAGGGGACGUCUUCCCCUGAUCAAGAACUGCAGAAAAGUAAUAAAAAAGACGUUAAUACAGGAAAUAAAACUGCUGAAGUUACAAGUCCUCAAAAGAAGUCACUGGAGUCGAGUUUAACAAAAAUUAGAAAGCAAACGUAUGUUUUGGACUUGGAUGGGGAUAUGUCUUCUGAGGAGGAUGAGAACGAUUCAUGGAGCCAACUAAGUUUGCACAGGGCUCCAAAAAGAGCCAUAGUUGCCACUCCUGGCCCAAAUAGAAGACCUUUCCAUUCAACCACCUCCCGGGAACAUCUGGCCAAGUCUGGACAGGACAGUGAGAAACCACCGGGAAAAUCUAGGAGUCUUCAGGAGGAGCCAAAAGAGUUAAAACCCAACGCAGGCAGAGAAUCUAAAGGUGACAAUGAAGAAACUAAAGACCACAAAACUCCAGCAGGAAAAGACAAAUUAAAGGGGGCAAAUAAAGAAAGCAACUCAGGAAAAAAAGCAGAAUCAAGGGUGAGUGCUCAAAAGAAGUCACUGGAGUCGAGUCCAACAAAAAUUAGAAAGCAAACAUUAUUUGUUUUGGACUCGGAUGGUGAAAGGUCUUCUGAGGAUGAUGACGAUUCAUGGAGGCAACUAAGUUUACACAGGGCUCCAAAAAGAGCCAUAGUUGCCACUCCUGGCCCAAAUAGAAGACCUUUCCAUUUAACCACCUCCCAGGAACAUCUAUCAAAGUCUGGACAGGACAGUAAGAAACCACCGGGAAAAUCUAAGAGUCUUCACGAGGAGCCAAAAGAGUUAAAACCCAACGCAGGCAGAGAAUCUAAAGGUGACAAUGAAGAAACUAAAGACCACAAAACUCCAGCAGGAAAAGACAAAUUAAAGGCGGCAAAUAAAGAAAACUACUCAGGAAAAAAAGCAGAAUCAAGGGUUAGUCAACAAAAACAUCCACAGAAAAACGUCUCUGCAGGAAGAUCCUUGGAUCCGUUUUCUGCAUUAAACCAUGAGGAGGAAUGGACAGAGAAAGAAGUUCAGAGGCUUUACAAAGCCGUGUCCUCCUUGCCAAAGCACAAGAAAGGAUUCUGGCUGGAGGUGGCCAUGGCCGUGGGAAGCCGCUCUGCAGAACAGUGUCAGGAGAAGUACCUGGAGAGACAGCAGACCAAGACCACAAAAGCCGCACCCAAAAAGAAAGUCAACGCCAGCAAGAAAAAGAAGCAAAAAAGUAAUAGUACAGAAAAGGAGGCGCCGAAAAUCACAGCCAAGGUGGGAACUCUAAAACGCAAGCAACAAAUGCGAGAAUUCCUGGACCAGAUGCAGAAGGACGAUCACGAUGAUUUGUUCAGCGCAACCCCGUUCCAGAGCAAGAAAAUAAAGCUUCCAACAUUGAGAGCGAGUCACGAGGACGACGUCUUCCAGCUGGAGAACUUUGACCCCACCACACCUUCAACUUCCAUUUUCCCUUUGGCCAACACCCCUCAGUGUGAACAUAUCACUCCAGGGAUGAUGGGUUCCAUCAACAGUUCAAACAAUGACAAGCUGGUGUACAGGAUCCAGAAGGGCAUAAAGCGAGACAAGUUGAUGGGCUGGGGCCAUCUAAACAAAGGAUCGGGUUCCCUUACCCAUGUAACACCUACCUCUCGAAGAACAACCACCUUAAAGAAAGGCUCCAGGGACACCUCAGUCAUCGGGAAACUGUUUAAGAUGGACGACGCAGCCACAUCUGACGACGAGGAAGAAAAGGAUUAUUACUUCUCAGACUUAUCCGAAGAUGAGCAGUGACCGCUAUACCGUGUGUACAGACCAUUAAAGGGGUACUCCGGUGGAAAACUUAUAAUUUUUUUUUUUUUUUUUUUAAAUCAACUGGU